AUGGGAUCGUCGUCGGCAAACAAAAAGCAUGCAUCGACCUCGUCAGCACCUUCCAACGACGUGCGUGCACCGCAUGCAGAUACCAACCGUCUCCUGAAUGACAUGGCGCCGCAGCUUAUGACGCCGGCGAUGAUGAAUGCCAUGGCUCGCAUAAGUCUGCAGUCGACUCCGAUCGCGACGACGCGCGAUCCCUUUCCACUGCAGCGAGCGACGCUUCUCCUAGCGCCGCGGUUCUCGAUGGAGAAUCCCGCUCGCUCUCUCGCCCGCAUCAGUAGCUCCCUCCUUCAAUUCUCGGGCCUAAGUAAACACAGCAAGUCAGGACGCGAGCAGCAACGCACUCCCAUCACGUCCAUGGAUGUCGGUGUGCUUGAGGAAAGCCAGCGCAUUCUCGCGACGGCCGACGCCGAUUUAGACGCCUCUCUCGACACGUCGUUGCUUGAUGACGACAAUGACACGAGCGACGUCGCUGCCGCAGCUGAUGCACCGGUGUCCCUAUUUCGCGGCUACAAAGCAACAGUGCCACAGGUGUCUACAAGCAAAACACGCCGGCGUCAGCUCCAAGCGUCGGAAAAUAUUCGGCGAAGCAAGCACGAGCCCCACUUGCUCUCACUGCAAGAGCUCGAGGUCCAAGACAGAGACAUGCUGGCAGAGCGGCGCAAUUUGGAAAUUCGUCGCGCACUUUACCAUGCGGAAAUCGUGCACGUAGAUGCCAAGAUUGCCGCGCUGGAGGCAACGAAAGCUUCCCUCCAACAAAAGCUCCUGCACGUCCGAGAAGAAGAGCUGGAACUGGACGACGAGCGACAAGGCGUGUCGGAGCUCUUGGAGCUCCAAAGGCACCGGCGUGCAAUGCCUGGCGGCCGCGGCCUAGAUGCUGGCACUGUCCUGCCCAUCGGUGCUGGUAGCAGUCGCUGGCGAAAGACGCCCGUGUUCCUGCCGAGCGAGCAUGACGACUUGCCGCAUGGCAUUGCGUUCAUGAGUCUCAAUCUCGAGACCGGUCCCAUUACCGCCUUGGACUUUUCCGAGCCGUAUGGCACACUCAUAUCUGCCGCUUUGGAAGACACAGUGCGUGUGUGGGACCUGUCUACAGGUGAGGAUGUAGGCCGUCUUCGAGGACACACAGACACAGUCAAGUGCCUACAGGUGGAAGAUGAGCUGUGCGUGAGUGGCUCUCUCGACAGUACGUUGCGUGUGUGGGAUCUGCGGCGUGUCGAUGCGUUUGAGACUGCAUGCCGUGCACGGAUGGAAGGUGAUGGUCAAGACGUGCCCGAGGCAGAUGACCCGUGCAUUCGCACACUUGCAGGCCACAGCCGAGGGAUCACCGCACUGGCAUUUGACCACGAAACUCUUGUAUCGGGUGCUGCUGACAAGACACUCCGUCAAUGGGACCUCGAGACCAGUCAGUGUGUGCUGACGAUGGACAUCCUGUGGGCCAUGUCCAACCCUAGCACGUCAGUGGAUUUGCGCGUGCCACUUGAGUCAUCUGCGCCACUCUUAGACCCAUUGCAUGGGGCAAAUCAGUUUGCUGGUCCCUUCUCGUACCCGCAGCCGCCCUAUGAAGACGGCAGCUGGGAGAUGUACACGGACUUUGUGGGCAGUGUCCAGUUCUGGGGCUUCGCCCUCGCGAGUGGCUCCGGCGACGGUGGCGUGCGCCUAUGGGAUCUGCGGACAGGCCAGGCUCAUCGCACUCUGCUUGGCCACACGGCGCCCAUUACGUGUCUGCAGUUCGACGACACUCACCUCAUCUCCGGCUCGCUAGACAAGACCAUUCGCGUGUGGGAUCUUCGGAGUGGUCACGUGCUUGAGACCCUUCAUUACGACUACCCAGUGACCGCAUUGCAGUUUGACUCGCGCAAAAUUAUCGCAGCGGCUGGAGCAUGUGCUGUGGACGUGUACAACCGGACAAGUGAGAAGCAUAGCUCUCUCAUAAAACACGGGCAUACGGCGCCGGUGGAACGUCUCCGGUACAUGGACCGCUACGCGGUCACAGGUGGCCGGGACAGCUGCAUCAAAGUGUGGAGUUUGUAG